CUUACACUAUCUUGAACAAAAAAUAAAACCACAAAACGGAAUAGAAAGAGACAGCUGACGACAAAAAUGCGGGCGGUCUGACGACAACCAAGACAUAGACCUGACACAAGACCGAUCGAAUUAAUACAAGCUAAAGAACGAUCUUGUGGAUUCCGAACCCGAUCCGCGCUCCAUGGACCUCGGAGGAAUAGCAGAGCUUUCGAAGCACAAAAUUGAACGUGCAAAGGCUUUGGAUUGGGCGAUGAACGACAUCAAAUUCCCUGUCUACGACGACACAGACGUCAAAGUUCCUCGGUACGACAGUGACGAUGAGGAUGGAAUGUUGGUGUUCGCUCAGAGGAUGUGUUACGAUGACGGUGUUGUGAAGGUUGUCGAAGCAUCGAGCUCACACAAGGAACACGCGCAUGGCUCCGAAAGCUUUGCAUGCCAUGUUUGCUCAACGUAUCCUGAGUUUCCACAUGCGUGGAGACCUCACAAGUCUCUUACUGUUGGCCACCUCGAGAUAAAAAGCCGGCACCACGACAGCACCAAAUGCGAGGCCUCAACGGACAAGUUCGCCAACCAAGCCUUGGACGAUGUUCUGGACCUUGCUGUGGAUAUCGCAAAAACCUGCAUGAUCUGGAUCGAUCAGGAAUGUCUGUCACAGCUGACCAAGCACAGUUUCAAAGCCGACGAAGACGAGCAGGAGCUCGAUAUAAAUUCCAAGGAUAUCGUCUAUAACAGGGCGAUUGUUACGGCUGGGCUUCUGGAUGUCGAAAUUGAUACACAGGCACAGCUCGACGUUCUCGAAGCGCUGAUGUUCUUGGACAAGGCCAGGGUGCGUAGCAUGAUCGACUACGAGUUCUGCUACCUGAUUCUCGGCGUUCUGUACAGAACAAGUGUUGAAGGGUUGAGAUGUUGAUCGAUCUUACGAGCUAUUGGCUAGAAUCGAUCGAGACUAUAUAGUAGAAGGGAAUAGCAGUGAACGGUUGGGGAAGCAAACCGAGCUAACCGAAUGAGCUGGACGAUCAGUGCAGCGGACCGUUAGCAAACACUGCAACGGACCGCUAGCAAACAGAUGGCGAUCGGUGGAUAUCUUCACUCCCUCCGACAACAAGUCUUGACCGAUGGUACACUCGUGCCUGGGUCGUUCACCAGGAGGCUUAUCAGACGGUACCUUGACUGCGUCCCUUUCUUCU